AUGGAGCUGUCGAUAGAGGGAAAGAGACAAAGACAAGUAAAAAGACAGCAGCAGGGGCAGCAGCAAGAAGAAGGAGAGGAAGAAGAAGAGGAGUGGGAGGAGGAAGAAGAGGAGGAGGAGGAGGAAGAAGAGCAGCAGCAGCAGCAGCAGCAGCAGCAGCAGCAGCAGCAGCACCGGCAGCAGGAAGAAAGGUGGGGGCGCUGGCAGCAGCAUCCAAGGCAGCAACAGCAGCAAUAUAGACAGCAACACUGGCAUUACCCGCAGCAGCAGCAGCAGCAGCAGCAGCAGCAGCAGCAGCAGGGGAGAUGGCAGCAAUGGGGGCCUCGACAACCACCACGCUGGCAGCAGCAGCAGCAGCAGCAGCAGCAGCACCACCACCACCACCACCACCACCACCAGCACCACCACCAGCAGCAGCAGCACCACCACCAGCAGCAGCAGCAGCAGCAGCACCACCACCACCAGCAGCAGCAGCAGCAGCAGCAGCACCACCACCACCACCACCACCACCAGCAGUACCAGCAGCACCAGCAGCAGCAGCAGCAGCAGCAGCAGCGCCAGCUGCCGAAGAGAUGGGAAGACGCUCCGCCACGGCUGCAGCGCUACUGGGCCGAGAAGCAGCAACAGCAAGAGCAGCAGCAGCAGCAGCAGCAGCAGCAGCAGCAGUACAUGGUGCAGCAACAGCAGCAACAGCAACAACAGCAGCAGGAGCAGCAGCAGCAGCAACAACAACUGCAGCAGCAGCAGUCACUAGAAGUCCAACAGCAAAUUUCUUCUUCUUCUCCUCCUCAGAUGCUGUCUCAUCUUGGUGCUGCUGCUGAAGAAGGAGGAUACGACCUCUCGCCCUAUUCGGGUCUAUUUCCUAUUGACUAUGUGGCAGCAGCAGCAGCAGCAGCAGCAGAAGCAGCAGCAGAAGCAGCAGCAGAAGCAGCAGCAGGAGCAGCAGCAGAAGCAGCACCAGAAGCAGCAGCAGCAGCUGAGGCUGCAGCUGCUGACAGGCCAGAUUCUGCCGGUGUAUCGGAGCCGCAUACCCCUCCUAAUGGGCUCUCUAUAUCGCUAGCUAGCCAGCUAGCUAGCGAUGCAGAUAGCCAGCUAGCUAGCGAGCUAGCUAGCGAGCUAGCUAGCCAGCUAGCUAUCUCUUCAUCUGCUCCAACGACGCCUGAUGAAACCCCUGAUGUGCAUCCGCUAGCUCGUCUGCUAGCUAGCCAGAUAACUGAGCAGCUAGCUAGCCGGCUAACUGCCCAGCUAGCUGCUGCUCCUUCUUCUGCUCCCCCACAGCAACAAGAAGGAACAACAAGAAGAAGAAGGCACCCCCUGCCUCCUCGUUUUGUGCGCCAGCAACAGAGCCUCUGGGCUGCUGCAGGAGCCUCACUUGACCCCUCACUGCAGCAGCAGCAACCGCAGCAGCAACGGCAGCAGCAGCUGCUGCAGCAGCUGCAGGAAGUGCAACAACUGCAGCAGGAGAUCCAGGGCAUUCACCGGCAGCGGGAGCAGCAGCAGGAACAGCAGCAACAUCUGCAGCACCACCAGCGCCACCACCAUCAGAUGUUGCAGCAACUGCCCCAUCAGCAGCAGCAGCAACAGCAGCAGCAGCAACAGCAGCAGCAGCAGCAGCAGCAGCAGCAAGAGUUGCUGCAGAGGCGUCCUGGCGUCCGACCCCCCCCAGGGUUUGAGCAUCUACCACCACCACAUCAGCAGCAACAGCAGCAGCAGCAGCAGCAGCAACAGCAGUAUGGCCAGCACCAUCGCUAUCCUCACCCUCCUCGUCAGCAGCAGCACCAUCGUGCUGCUCACCACCAGCAGCAUUCUCAUUAUCAUCCUCAGCAGCAGCAGCAGCAGCAUCGGCAGCAGCAGUACCAGUACUAUCAUCAGCAGCAACAGAAGCAGCAACAGCAGCAGCAGCAGCAUCGUUAUAAAACUGAAACAUGGGGGCUGCCGUUUGCUGCUGGCGAUACUGCUGAGGGGGAAGACAGUCCUUCGGGUGUCUCAUCACCUCUGUCUCCUUCUUCUCCUGCAGAAGCAGCAGCAAGAAGUGGACUGGCGGUUGCUGCUGCUGCUGCUGCAGCUUCUGCUUAUUCUCCUUUUACUGGUGCAGCACCACACCGACCUCGCGCUACUCCUGAUCCUUUCUACUCGCCUCGUCCUCUCUUCCCUCCUCGACAACACCCCCCAGAUGCGGCAGCAGCAGCAGCAGCAGCAGCAGCAGCAGCAGCAGCAGAAGGAGAAGGGAUUUGGAGAAGCAUCUCCUCCCCCCCUUCAAGUGCAGCACCAGGGCGCAGCAGCCGCUCCUCAGUGUUUAGGGGUGUAGAGAGCGGGAUGCCUCGGCCUCCGCCGACGCCAGAACCCUCCUUUCCUUUUGCUGCUGCUGAUGAUGAACAGCAGCAGCAGCUGCAGCUGCUGCAGCAGCAGGUGCAGCCACAGUUUGGCCCUCUCGGGAGCUCUUGGGGACAGCCUGGAGGCUGGGGAGGUGAUGGCAGAAGCAGCAGCAGCGGCGGAAGCGGAAGCAGCAGCAGCAGCAGCAGCAGCAGAAGCGGCAGCAGCAGCAGCAGCAGACCUUAA